AGGCACUCGGCGCCGAGGUGUAGUGCUGGCGCGGAUUGACCGGCAGGGCAUAACGGCACCAGGCCGGCAGUGAGAGUGGCCGUCGCACUCGGCCUACGGACGCACGGGGCGCGGACGCGGUGAGCGCAAACUCCAGGCCGCCGCCGUACGAAGCACGCAUCAAGCAGCAUCAACGAUCGGUGCUGUGCAGCCGUGCCCUUGACCAUCAUGGAGCGACUCGUCGAGAAUCGCGAGGAAGUCACCGAGCCGUUGCCCACGUGCGUCUUGGGCGAGGUCCCCGAGUGGCUGAGCGGCAAGCUCUUCCGGCUGGGUCCCGGCAAGUGGGAGCUAGGCGGGGGCUUCUGCCUUCGCCAUUGGUUCGACGGCGCCGCCAUUCUAUCUGCGUUCGAGAUACACAAGGGAAAGGUGCGGUAUAGUUCGCGAUAUCUACAAUCUGAGGCUUACAAAAAGCUGAGCAGCGUCAAUCGCCCCGUCGUCACUGAGUUUGGCACGAGGUGUUACCCGGACCCCUGCAAGAACAUACUCUCUAGGUUUUUUGCUGCCCUGGUCCCCAGCGACUUGACGGAUAACAACUUCGGCAACGUGUACUCGCUAGGAGAUGAAUUAUUCUGCACUUCCGAGACGUGUUUUAUGUGGAAGGUCGACCAAGACUCUUUAGAAGCCGUCCAAAGGUUCGACGUGAACAAGCUGGUAUCGGUGAACCUCGCCAGCGCCCACCCCAUCACCCAAGAGGACGGGACCAGCUACAACCUGGGCGCCAGCUUUGUAUCGGGCCUCAAGUACCACAUCAUAAAGAUACCGCCGCCAGGAAAAGGCUGUUCGGGUCUGAAGCGGGCGUCGGUGGCUUACCACAUACCGUCCAGCUGGAAGACAACCUUCAGCUAUUACCACAGCUUCGGCAUGACGCGCAACUACGUGGUAUUCGUCGAGCAGCCACUCUUGGUGAACGCCAUGCGCCUGGUCGGAUCGCGCAUCAAGGGAUACUCCUUCAAGGACUGCCUCGACUGGGCGCCCAAGGAGAAGACCAAAUUUGUGGUAUUGGACAGAUCAUCGGGCGCCGUCUUGAGGACGCGGUUCGUCACGGACCCCUUGUUUUUCUUCCACGUGGUGAACACCUACGAAGACGACGGCCACAUUGUGUUCGACAUGAUCGCCUACGAAGACGCCACCAUACUGGACAGGUAUUAUCUGGACAAGAUUAGAAACUCCACGGCCGAAGAUUUCGAUCCAGACUGCCAGGGUCACUUCCGGCGCUUUGUGAUUCCCGUUUCUAAGGUGAGCAGCACCAAGGAGGGCAACCUGGUGAGCCUCAAGUACACCGAGGCUCGCGCCUACCGCCAGGACAACAGCACCAUCUGGCUCACCCACGAGGAGAUGGGAUCCAAAGGGUACGACUUACCGACAAUAAACCCGGAAUACCAAGGGAAACCCUACCGCUACACAUACGGCAGUGGAAACUUCGAGCGGCUAGGCGAGUGCCGGAAUGCGAUCUGCAAGCUGGAUAUCGAGAGGCGGGAAAUGCAACUCUGGCGAGAGUCGGACACGCAGUUCCCCAGCGAAGCCGUCUUCGUAGCGAACCCCGAAGGAGUGGAUGAAGAUGACGGCGUCCUUCUGUCGGUGGUGAACGACACAGACUACAGCAAGCCGGACUUCCUCUUGGUGCUGGACGCCAAGACGCUGACUGAACUUGCGCGGGCCCAAGUGCCCCCUCACGUGCGCGCCUGUACCUCGAUCCACGGUUGCUUCGUCAGGAGCUGAGAGGGCUACGCAGCCCCUCUCCUCGGGGAGCAUCGCACAAACCGCCUUUGUAUUCGCGCAGCCCUGGUCCAAUCCAUUGCAUGUAUACGCGUCUUUCAUUUCGGUGCUGUGCAAAGUAUCAUUCGGUGCCACCAAGUGUGGUCGCUUUUUAUUGGAGAGCUUCGGCCUGUCCGUAAAACGUGUCGCAGCUGACGGAAUAACGGGACGCCGGGGAUGUCGCCGACAGCAGCGCCGGUAGCGCCUUCUCGUAACGCUUUCUUCAACCACGACGCGUUAGAAACGUUUCUGGGCUUAUUUAUAUCUUUGGUUUUUUUGGUAAGGCGUGAUUCUAUAGACAAAGUUAGCGCCUUUAUGCAGCACCGGCUUCUCCUCGUCGCAUGGUGAACAGAAUUAAAUAGAAAAAAGCACCGCUAAUCACCGAAUUCAGUAAAAGACCAUGCUUACUUCCAGAAAUUCACACCCGUCCAGGAAGCCACGCUAGAUAGUAAAAACACCCGUACAAAUACGUAUAUGGAUAAACAUGUAUAUUUCGUAAACUCUCGUACAAAUACGUGUACAUAUGAUAAGAAAUAUGUAAAGUUAUGUAAAGUUGCAUAAAUAAGUAAAAGUACUUGAAGUUGUCCGAGAAAACGUACAGAAAUUCAGUUUCUUCGUUUCGUAAUUGUUCUCGCAGAAGGGAGUAAAACAAAAGACUGCAAUUCCCCGUGCACGGCUAGUGUCUGUUGCUGCAUGUGCACCUUUGCAGUCGUUGCAGUAUAGUUUUGUGGGUUCUAGUUAACCUAAGCGUCGCAAGGUGUCGCCACCAGCGCUGCAGCACACGUCUGUGUCUCGAGUUCCGGUUGCAUUUCGUAAACUGUGAUACGUUGACGGGGGGGUUUUUAAAACUUUGUAUACUUUCUUUAGCGAGUUGCCGUCAAGGUACGAUGUGUGGGAGCUGAACUGUCGUCGAUCUCAUGUUUUGUGACCGUUGCGAACAGACUUGUUGCUUACCGAUCCGCGUAGAUGAAUGACAGAGAUGUAAGUGUUGUGAUGUCAAGUUCAAACAAAAACGCAGUUGUGUGUACGUUGCCGUCGUUCCGCCGCCAUUUGCCUAACUGUUACCUUCUUCUUGUUCCUUUUUUUUUUCAGGAAUCUCGCUAGCUUAGCUUUCAGCUCUAAAAAAAAAAAAAUUGUGGUCUUUUCGGAGAGCAAGUGUGUAGGUUUCGUGGUAGUCAUUGUUAAGCGUUGCCGUUUGAUAAUAUUAAAUUCUAUCAUGUAUGAGCUUCCUUUCUCGUUCAUGUUAGGAAGUGUACGAUCCUCGGAAUCCAGAAACAGAGAUCUCAUGUUCACAGUUGUAUAGGUAAAACAUAGAAAAAGCACUAUAAAUUAGCAGAGUGCACCAAAAGCUCAGAUAAGCAACCAAUAGUAAAGUCGUUAAAACCUGCCGUUCUCGGACCCCAACAUUCCACGCUUGCAUUAGCAGGCAACGCGCAGAUACUGCUCCUCUACCAAAGACUUGCUCGUAAUACAAAGCGCAAUCAAACCAUUUUGAAUUUAAUUUUUGCGAACAUUUGAGUAGUUUUCUUUCAAUUUGCCUUUUCAGCCUGACAUUGUAGGUGUGUAACUUUCGUCAAUAGCGUUCUGUGGUCGUAGAGGAGUACAUUGCAGCUUCGAGUGAAGCUCAAUGUAAUGCAUGCGCCAUAACUUUUUUUUUCUGGCGCACAUGAGUGGUGAAUAAGUUAUUUUGUGCAAAUGAAGGCAGAGUCACUCCGUCAAAUUCUUGGGGUGUCGACGUGUUGUUUCUGUGUAUCUACGUAUGCUUUCACUGCGAUGUUUUGCAGCUUCGGUUUCUUCAAUGAACGCACUAAGCUAUUUGAACCUUUCUCUGAAUACUUCGUAGUUUUCGGUACACUAAACAAGAAAAGCCUGGCUCCGUAAUUUCAGCCUUGUGGUCCAGUUAUACGCGUACAAGCGUAACAAGCAUGCUCCGAGCUUUACAGAGAAGGCAAUAUCGUGACGCAAUCGAGGACCGUCGCAUAAAUGUUUACUCAUAAGCAUCCCAGUCAUGUCAGUUUGAAAUUUACAAAUUGUUCAACCAGCAGCUACUAGAAUCUGACUUUCUUUUCUAAUAAUUACAAUAAGUUUCAACAAACGUUAGCAUAAUUGGAACAUUCCUGCUUUUACCACGUACUUCAGGCGGGAACACAAAACAUAAAGAUUUUACUGAACAAGCCUUCAUGCUGUGUGUAUCACUAAUCACUCUAUGCCUUUCGUCACAUUUUGUCAGCGCUCUUCAUUUGUACAUAAGCAAUUGUAAAUGUACGGUUUAUAUUGGGCAACCUACGUCGCCACUUGACUCGCAUAUUUCAUUUGGAGUUUGCCAUUAUGUGGUUUCCUGGUUGUUCGAUAGUGUAAAACUAUCGGCACGACAGGGCGAGUAUUAUGAACGUUACAAAAAUAUUGGUGUUUCCCGCAGGUCGAAAAUUGUGAGGACUGUGCGGUCGACUUGUUUAGCCUUAGUUCUGAGCUGCGUCACCAAGAUGUCAUUUUUUUUCUUUAUCGUAGCUCACUUAAGGAAGAGCUGCCUGACAUCAUGCGCAUCCACGUUAACGAUAAAGCACAGAAAAUAUACUUUCGACAACAGGCAACUUCGACAACUCUUCGACAACUGGUGAUGAUUGCUUUAUGACUAGUGCACAGAAUUUUGACAAACUUUUGUUUAAGAUAUAGUUGCACCUCAGUGAAUGACGUCAGUAUAUCAUCCUUGUGUCCGCUUCAGGGAAAACUUGCGUGCAACGGGCCAGAAUAGACACAAAUGUGAUCUUGACUAUUAAGAUUCGGCAUCUGUUCAACUGUUGAGGUUGAUAUUGUUUAAUAUAUGUUGACAAAUGACGAGAUAGAUUACAUUAGAGCCGCCUAUUCGAAGACGCAGAUAGGAAAAAACCAAUACUGUCCAGUUGCCCAUGUAACACACACAAGCACACACCCCGAAGACAACCAUACCAAUCCUACUCGCAAACAGCAGAAUAAGAACUGAGAAAUGAUGUUUUAAAGUCAUCCUUUCCGAGGAUAAACUUGACAACGCGUGCUUAUACUUCGAAUAGCUUCCGAAUUGUGGUCCUUGCCCUUUCCCAUUCGGUGCGUACUCGUGACGGGGCUGGUACUGGCAGCGCAGCUGGUUCAUUUUGGAAGAAUAUAGCGAAACACAACGCCUUUCCGGACUCAAAGGCGAACAUCUUCAAAAGAAGUCUAUGUCGCUGGAUAAAAUUCGUAACUCAGUCCUACGCGCAAUUUCAAGGACUAUUGAGAUGAAAGAGCAUUGAAAUCGGCGAGCUCGAAUGGCUUCCUUCCGUGAGCGUGCACAAUGUUGGCACCGGUCAUCUGACAUUUCGAACAAAACCGUAACAUUACCUGCUUUAUAACAUUGUUUUCGCCAUCCAUCUUUCAGUGUUUUAUCUUUUUUUAUUUAUUUUAGUCCCUUGCCACGAGAUGUGGGACCACUUCCUCUUCUGGCAAUUCAGGGUGUUGACGAUGACGUAGCUGCUCGUGGUGUACCUGUGUUGUUGUAGUUUAUGGUGAAGGGAUGUUAGAAGUACGUCUAAGCUGCCAGUCCUACGCAUAUAUUACAUCGCUGAAAAACUAGUCAUACUCGUUAUACCUUAAGGUUUAGCAGUGUGAAGAUUAUGGUUCAGAGAAAAACGAGCCUUCUCUUAAUUUUGAACAGACAAAAUUGAGGCGCUAAUUAAGUCGUGAAUGCUGACAAUGUGAAAAUUGAGAUGAACUCGUUUGAUCGCUUGGCUUACCAAAAACAUGCGUGCGAGUUCAUCAUACAAGACGAGGGAACGAGGAUAAAGCGAGAGGCACCUGUCCAGCACUUGUUGUGUUCGCUACUUGACACAUUCUGUGUAUUCUUCAUUAGUGAACAUUUCGUUUGCCAAGUCCUAGUAUAAACGCACUCAUAUUUUCUAAGUGAUUUCAGUGAUCACCGAAGUCCUUCAUGCUUCAAUUUUUUGGGGGAAGCAUGAAAAAAAUAAAGGUCGUCUUUAACCUCAACGCUGUCGAAUGUUAAUCAUCACGCAUGCAUUCCCAAACUGUGAUAAACCGAUUCGUUACAAAUUCCUUCAUUUCCAUAUUGCGUGUGUCCUGUGCAACUGCAUCUCUUCAUUGCCAUUAUUUUACACAUUGUAUACUGCCCCUAAGUUUAAGAUCAUUGUGAUAUGCUUUUUCAGUCAGAAGUCCGUUCGUAUACUUGGAUACUACUGCUGUAUUUUGUUUGCCUGUACAACCAAAGCCUGCAAGAGUCUGGCAUCCAGGCUGGCAGUAUCCAAUAAAAAAGUUGA